AGUGAAAACACAUCCCUUCCUCGCGGGUUAGCUAGCUUUUGACAGGCUGUUUACUGUUUCUACCUCUGCCCGGCGUGGCGACGGCUGAUAUCUAGACAUAUACAUUCAUUUACAAGUAAUUCUUACUCCACUCAUUCGUCUUGUAGUUUAUAAGCAGAAAAGACAUUUCAUCGUAUCCAGGGCUACUUUCGUUUGUCGUUAUGGCAACGAACGCACCACUCACAAACGGUUGACAAGCAAACAUCAACAGCUGCAGGAGUUCAUGUUAAUUAAUCUGUCCCAAGCUUAUAGGUUGAACGGGAAAUAAAAGUACAGACAAUAUCGACCCCAUGGCUCAUUACAGGGCUUCAGAGUCGAAGCGUGAACAAUUUAGAAGAUACCUUGAAAAGUCUGGAGUGGUUGACACGAUAACAAACGUUUUAGUGGCACUGUAUGAAGACCCUGAUAAACCGAACAAUGCCUUGGAAUUCAUAAAGCUUCAUCUUGGUGCUGCUGGUCCAGAACCUACAGACAUUGAGGCUCUUCGCAUGGAGCUGGCUGAUCUACAAGAAAAAUGCAACCUCCUCUUGGAAGAAAACAAAGAACUCCGAAACAGGCUGAUGCAAUACGAACCAUCACCUGAUGAGGGGGCAGCAGAGUAGAAAAUACAGGUUGUGAUCUUGCUUCCUUGGGUGGGAAAAAAAAAAUGUUGAACAGUAGAAUUUUGUAGUGUGUGUAAAUGUUUAUUACAGAAAGAUGGAUGUACAGUGACAACAAAACCACUGUUAUUUUUUGUUAUUUAACAAGAAGCAACUUUCGCUUUCUCAAAAUAAAAGUGUUUUUUUCAG